CGAUAUUCCAUUGUUUCCGUGAGUCGGCAUUUCACUUCGUCUUCGUUACGUCUUUCAUCGAUCCAACAUGUAUCAUGGGGAAGUGCAUUUUUCUAGAUGCUUGGGUUUAAAGUAAGGAGUUUGGAAGCUGGGUUCGUUGAGAUGCAAAAGAUCGGCACAUGAUUUACUGCCAUCUGUGCAAGCAGAGCUACUAGCUAGGAAAGAUGGGCGUCAAAGCGCUGGAGUCGCACCGGAAAAAAAGGAGACACGCUGAUUUGACGAAGACUCUCUCAUCUUCCGUUGGUAUGAAUCUGUUUCUAAAAUAUAAAGAUAGUGAAGCAUCAACUUCAGGCAGUGGUACUAGCAGUCCAUGCGCACCUACACUUGUCCAGCCAUCGACAUCAACCAGCCAGAAGUCAGGCUCUAUGAAUGUAGUUCAAUACACCAAGGCGGACUCGUUAAAGGCAGAGAUCGUGUGGACUUAAAAAGUGAUCUGCAGCCAUUACAGUUACAAAUCUUGUGAAAAUAAUUCGAAAGUGUUUGCAGUCAUGUUCCCAGACAGUGACAUUGCUAAAAACUACCACUGUGGGGAAAGGAAGACUUCGUACCUGGCUACAUUUGGCAUCGCUGCCCACUUUUCAUCUCUACUGCCUCAAAGCCAAAAAAGCCAGAAUAGAGACUGACAUAUCUACGCUUAUUGAGAAGGCUGAUAGGCUGUGUGAGCAGGCAGAAGAAAAGAGGAAGCUGAGGUUUAUCACCAAGGCCAAUCCACUCAGAGGCAGAGCAAAGGACAAGAGAGCCUCUUUGGCACCUCUGCAGCAGCAACUAGAGGAGGCACUGGGUAGGCUCAAGGAGCUAGAGUAGGGGUGCUGAGACAGACAUCAGUAGAAGACAUUUGUGUAUAUAUUUGCAAUUGUAGUUAGAAUCAGUUUUUCUGUAUACUGUUAUAUGAAGAUGUUGACAAUGGUCAUAUCAAUGAGAACUACCACAAGGGGCGACAGAUGAUCACUAUCACAGGUACUGAGGUACUGGAACCUUUGAUGAACCAAGAACAGCCGAUAGCACCAUUGGGUCGUCUGACAUUAAAGGAGCAGCAUGGAGACAUCAGCUCCAACUGCCACAGAGAAGAAGGAGUCCAAGGGUCCUGGUUUGGAUGGAAGCAGCUUUUCUGAAAUUUCAAACAAGCCCUCUCCCACUUCAAGAGGUGCCCACCAUAUCUUCCCAACAUUUCAUACACCCAUCCCAAUCAACAUGAGACACCACGAGGGGCGAUAUCAUUACGAACCCCAUCCACUGCACACCGCGCAAGGACCUCCAGGACUAACUGGGAGUCCAGUAAUCUCAGAUAUCUCCUUAAUUCGUUUAUCACCUCAUGGAUCAACUGGGCCUGGUGAGUCUCCAUUCAGCCCUCCACAUCCCUACGUGAGCCCCCACAUGGAACAUUACCUACGCUCAGUACAUGGAAGCCCCACGCUAUCUAUGAUUUCUGCAGCACGGGGACUGAGCCCCGCAGAAGUUAACCAUGAACACUUAAAAGACCGAGCCCUAUUCACUCUUCCUCCACCACCACCAGGGGCCAACCCCACAGAAUACUACCAUUUGAUGGCCAGUGCCAGCCAGCGAAAUCCAUAUGGCGACCUCUUGAUGCAGAGUGGUGCAGCAGCAGCAAUGGCAGCGGCGGCGGCUGCAGCAGCUCAUUUACCAGAUUACAUUAGUCCAGUGGAUGUUUCACGUUUCUCCAGUCCCCGGGUGACACCACGACUGAGCAGGAAGAGGGCACUAUCCAUCUCUCCACUAUCAGAUGCCAGUAUUGACCUGCAGACCAUGAUCCGUACUUCUCCCAACUCCCUGGUUGCCUACAUCAAUAACUCCCGCUCUAGUUCAGCUGCCAGCAGCUCAUAUGGGCACCUCUCAGUUGGAGGAAUCAGCCCUUCAUUCAGCUUUCCUCAUUCCAUUAACCCGGUGGCGUAUCAGCAGUUGUUAUCUCAGCAGAGGAGCCUGAAUGCCUUUGGCCACACUCCCCCUCUCAUUCAACCGCCACCGUCCUCGUUUUCUGCCCGUCAACAUUCCCUGGCCACUCCGCCUUUGUCCACCACCCAUAACAGCACCAACUCCGAAGCGAAUCAGAAUCCUAGUGGAGAUCCAGCAGUGAGCAGCACAGUCAACCAAUUAAAUUCCAAGAGAACAAAGGUUAAGAUGGAAGUCGAAGGACCUCUGCCCAUGUCACCAACCUCUCUGGACCAUAGUGGAGGGAUUCUGGACCUGAGUGAGGAUCUUGAUAAAGAUGAGUGCAAACAGGAACCUGAGACCAUAUAUGAGACCAACUGCCACUGGGAGUUUUGUACCAAGGAGUAUGAUACCCAAGACCAGCUUGUACAUCACAUCAACAAUGACCACAUCCAUGGUGAAAAGAAGGAGUUUGUGUGUCGGUGGAUGGAGUGUUCGAGGGGGCAAAAGCCCUUCAAGGCCCAGUAUAUGCUGGUCGUCCAUAUGAGGAGACACACAGGCGAGAAGCCACAUAAAUGCACUUUUGAGGGCUGCACAAAAGCUUACUCCCGACUAGAGAAUCUCAAGACCCACCUUCGGUCUCAUACUGGGGAAAAACCCUAUGUGUGUGAGCAUGAAGGUUGCAACAAGGCCUUCUCAAAUGCUUCAGACCGGGCCAAGCAUCAGAACCGCACACAUUCUAACGAGAAACCAUAUGUAUGUAAAAUUGCGGGAUGUACCAAGCGCUACACGGACCCCAGCUCACUCAGGAAGCAUGUUAAGACUGUUCAUGGACCUGAAGCUCAUAUCACCAAGAAACAGCGAAGUGAUGGUCCUCGAGGAUUUCAACCACCCAAAGACAAUGGAGAUUAUGGAUACCUUUCUAACAAUGGCACAGGCGGGGCAGAUGGGAGGCCGGAUACCAAAGGCUCCACUAGAAGCAUAGAAGACUGCCUACAAGUUAAAUCUAUCAAAACUGAGAAUUCCAUUAUGUAUCAGUCCAGUCCUGGCAGUCACUCAUCAUGUAGGAGUCAGCCAUCACCUCUCAGCAGCACCAACAACAAUGACAGUGGGGUAGAGAUGGCCAUUCACAGUGGGGGCAGCUUCGGGGACCUCAGUGUGCAGGAUGACUGCGCCAUGGUUGACUCUACUCUUCCUGCUGGGGGGCAACACGCAGGGUUUGGACUUCAGCUAAGGAAAGUAGUAGGCCAUAGUGGCACAUUUACCGUCAAAAUGGAGACUAUCAAGAAAGAAAGGUUGAAGACAGUGAGAGACUCUUGCCCAUGGGUCAGUUCCGCACCACAGCCCCUACAGGCCCAAUGCAACAACACAAAGCUGCCCCCAAUAGUUGCAGUUGGUUCCCCGCUGGAGAACUCAAAUUUAACAAGUAACCUGAACAGUUUACACAAUGGUCAGCGAUUGGGAGACCAGUCUUUGUGUGAAGUGACUCUGCUGAACCAGCUGAAUGAUCGGCGUAAUAGCACAACCAGCACGAUCAGCUCAGCGUACACCAUGAGUCGGCGUUCCUCCGGCAUCUCACCUUGCUACUCCAGCCGGCGCUCCAGUGAGGCAUCACAAUUUGGGGCCAACCGUCAUAACAAUAUCAGUUCAGCUGAUUCCUAUGACCCAAUCUCCACUGAUUUAUCCCGACGCUCCAGCGAGGCGAGCCAGUGUGGAGGUGGUGGUUUCGGAGGAGCAGGUGGAGGAAACCUCCCUAGCCUUCUUAGUCUGACUCCGGCUCAACAUUACUGUCUCAAGGCAAAAUAUGCUGCUGCCAUUGGUGGUGCACCGCCUACCCCCUUACCUAAUAUGGACAGAAUGAGUCUAAAGAUGUGCAAGGCCCUCAAUAGGCACUCUCAGGAAUGUUCAUCACACCAGUACCUCCUUCCACCCUCUGCAACUAUGCCUCGGCGAUGCAGCGAUAUUGGAUAUGAUAAUCACAGCAUGAUGCCCCAUGAAGUACCUGGUAGCCUUCCCCGCCGGGCAAGUGAUCCAGUGCGACGUCCUACCCUUGACUCUCUGGCCCUUUCGGCAGUGCAGCGCUAUAACAGUAUGAACAGCAUGAAUAGUUCAUCAGAAUAUCACCGAUCAUUGGCAAUGCAGGGUUACACUCGUUCUGAUGGCAAUCUGCAGCGCUAUCCAUUUACUCCCAGACCACCAAGCAUUUCUGAGAAUGUAGCUAUGGAGAACAUGGCAGUAGAUGGGAUGGGGACAGGGGGAGAACAGAGUCCAGAGGAUGAUAUAGUUCUUCCUGAUGACAUGGUGCAAUACCUGAGGUCCCAAAACCCUGGCACUCAAGGUCAUCACUUGGUACAAGGGAACUACCAAUUCCAUAACCAGUCUCAGGGCUACCAGACGGGCAUUGCCCCACUAGCCUCAUUUUAUUCCCAGAGAAGGGUUGCCAUGGUUGAUGCCUGCAUGAGGCAAUCUGCUCAGGGUAUUGAUCAUAGUGACUCCCAAAAGCCUUUCUCAGCAUCAUCGCACAUGAACAAGAAUAAUAUGCCAGUACAGUGGAAUGAGGUGACUUCAGGGACCGUGGAUACCAUACCAAAGCCACCCAAACAACAGCAUUCUCUCAGGGGAAACCUAGCUGUUGUUUCACAGAGGAACAAUUUUGGUUCCUUCCAGGCACAAGGUCAAAGCCUUUGCAACAACCAGCAGGCAAUACCCAUGAGUCAGCAUAUGCAUAAGCAGGGCUAUGCCAACCACAACCCCAAGAGGUUGAACAAUCCUCAUCAUCAGCAAAGACAGUACAGCAAUUUGAAAUAUAGUGACCAAAGUUUGCCGCAAGGGCUUAGCCAAGACACAAUUCCAAAUUCUAUUUCUGCAAGCAAUAAUGUGAGACCCACUCGAAAUGCUGUGAUGAUUCACGGACUGCAAAGUUACAGAGUAAGGGCACAGGCUGAUGAAUACUUUCAUAUUAACAAUGUGGUUCAUCAACAACAGCACAAUAACAUUUCAACCCUGCAUGGCAACGUACCUAAUAAUACCAGUGCAAUGCUACUGCCAAGACCUCCAGGAGAGCCCAAGCCUGGUGGCACACAGCAUUUUGGCACUGAUAUGAUGCAAUUGGACAGGAUACCCAAGUUAACUGAUGUUAGCCCUGGCCUGCAUAACGACACAUCAGAGGCAAGUCCAAAAAGACCUAAUCAGUCAGAUACCCAACAAAACAACUCUGAGUAUCCCAACUCUGAAAUGUUCUACACAGGUGCGAUUCAUUUGUUUGAACAAACUCCUGUCACCUUCAAUGCUUCAAUAUCCCCCAAUAUGAGUCAGACCAGUAACAACAUUGCAGCAAGUAACAUGGCCUCACCAGGUGUCAACCAGGUCUCUAGCAGUACCGUGGAUUCUUCCACGAGUGGAAAUGGUGGCGCAGAACACACCCAAAUAGAUUUUGAUUCCAUAUUAGAUGAUGGGGAUCACUCCAGCCUAAUGUCAGGCACCCUAAGUCCUGGACUUUUGCAGAGCCUCUCCCAGAAUUCAUCUCGUCUCACUACCCCUCGUAAUUCUGUUACACUUGCAUCGUUUCCAACAGGAAUUGGCAACAUGGCCAUUGGUGAUAUGAGCUCGAUGCUCACAGCACUGGCUGAAGAAAGUAAGUUCCUCAACAUGAUCAGUUAGGAGUAAAUAUAGCUUUAAGCCAUUCAGUCUCAAUAAGUCACACAUCAGGAAUAUAUGAACUAGGUAAAGCACUAGUGGAAUUAAAAAUGAGUGUCCAUUUUGUUUGUGUUGUUUUCCUUUACUUUGGCAGCAUAAUAUUCUUGUAUUUUUAUCAGAUUAUGUUUCAUCAAGUGUCUAGUAAAUAGAAAGGACUCAUUCACAUGUACAUACACUGUAUAUAGGGGUCCAGUGAAAACCUUGGGUCUUUGAGUACGGGCAUUUAAUUACAGUUCCAGCACCAGGAAAUAGGAAAGUUGGGUAAUAUUUUCCAAUGUUUUUAGUAUUAUAUUGUAUGGUACAUCCUACAAGUUAUGUGAUGGGUUUUUGUGAUGUGUUCUAAUACGUUAUACAUACAAUUAUUAUGUCAUAAAGUUCACCAGGAUGUCUGACAACCAAUUGUCAUAAUGACAUGUGAGGUACAGAAUCAUGGUACAAUCAUGGUAAAAUAUUUGAUACUAACAUCAGGGUCGAUAGACUCGCUUUUUGUUCAAGGUCUGAACUUUUGCGGAUGCACCUCUGGAUCAGAGGCAUGAACUCUCCAUGGUGUCAAACCCACAAGGCUAAAUGAGUGAAAUGGACAAGGGUAUGCUUUGGUCUAUCCAGGAAUUUGGAUCCUUGUUCAUCAUGGGGAAGAUUCUCUAAAAUAAUAUACAAGUCCCUCUGUGUGAUCCUAAUCGGAACCAAUUCUAGUUAACACAUUCAUAAUAUCACCCCCACCACCUUUUUUUACAACCCAUACCUCCCCUUGGGCUUUGGAUGAAUAGGAUGACAAAUUCAGAAAGGGAGAGACUUCAUGUUCAAAAUCCUGUUUUGGUGUACUCGCCCAGCAAACAAAAAUCCCAAAUUCUGUUAUGUUGUCUAAUUUCUAAGAAGCCUUUUAAAAUGUUUAUUUCCUACAACAGCCUAUACUUUUAUGCAUGUUUUAAAUUGUGUGACACUGUCUAUAAUCUUUGGACAUUUCUAAUAAACUGUCCUUUUUUC